CAUUCCACGACUUGCUUGUUCGCCCAUGCUACCACACCCUGUGUAAGAAAAUCUUUGCAUCUGUGGGCAAGUCUGAUCCCCCCUCCCGCCAAGUCCUCAUUCGCGGCACGCCAGGUAUUGGCAAGAGCACUUUCCUGGACUACUUGCUUUAUCGGCUGGCAUGCCAGGGCAAAACCGUCGUGUGGUGUAGCAAGUCUGUGCUGGACUCUGUGCUGCUGUUUACACCCAACGGUGUGUUUGAGGCAACCUCCACUGCAGCUUUUCGAGAAGAGCUAAGGGAUCCGAGUACAUGGUUCUUGUGUGAUGCGGUGGAGCCUCCGUCCAAGGUGGCAAUCACAGUCAUGGCAUCAUCUCCUCGCAACUCAAACUACAACGAGCAAGCUGGCCUGAGGUUAUGGAUGGGCCCCUGGUCCUAUGUGGAGCUGGAGGCAGCACGUGGCAUCAUGUUCUCUUCGGUCAGCAAAGCUAAACUGUCAGAGCUGUAUGCUCGGUGGGGCGGCAUCCCACGUUACGUCCUGAAGUACGCAGCCAACCCCGAACUGCAGGAGGAGCUUGAUGCAGCGGUGGCAACCGUUAAUAUGGAUCUCUUGUGGAAAUCCGUAGGCAACAUUGAAGCUGCACCGGAUGUCAGCCACAAACUGAUCCACGUCGAGGUUCGAUCCGGGGAGUUCCCACCUCCUAGCAAUUCGCACCAAUGUAACACCAGGCAAAGAGUACUCAGUUGGGAGAUGCCAGGGGAGCUGAUCCCUCUUUACAGCAGAUGCCCCAUGUGUUGUGACUGGUGA